GCUCGCGCCGUGGCAUCUCGUGCACGGUACACAUCUCCCAGUUCGCAAAUUUUAUGGCGCACUCAUGAGCGUUCACAGCGUCGCACACCAUCGCCGCUGCGCUUCUCAAGCUUCGGCCAGUAGUUUCGCUCUGCCUCGCGAUUGCAUCAUUACUCACAUGCCUUCGUGAUGCUGUCGCGGAAUUACGCUGCGUUUUGUUUUUUUCUUCUUACGUAGGCAGUGUGGCGGUGAGUAGACUUCGCAGGAGGCGGUACCGAUUGUGUGGCGGUUAGCGAGGGUGGAUGGAACUCACAUGAAUUUGUGAACUGAGGAUGGAUGGGAGAGUCUAAGGAGGAGGAGGAGGAUCGUGAUGAGCGACUGAGCGAGAGAGAGGUAGUGAGGGAAAAGAGAAGAAAAAUUCGGGGAGAAGUAGAGUUGUUGGAGAGAUUUCAUGCGAUGCAUUGCAUGGUGUGAGCGACUGUGCUUAGGGUUGGUGAAGUUGGCGAGGUUGUUGCGGGAGUGAAUGGCAUUAACCACGGGCGUUGCUGUGGAUUGUAGUGGUGCUGUUGGCUACUGUGAUCAUGCGGAAGAGGGAUAUGCCUCGGACCUGACGGAUGUGGAGAGUGAUGAAGACUACUCGUGUUCUCCUGAAGUCUUUGAGCAUGGCGUUGCGCGCGGUUCCAAGCGGACGUGUGGGGUGUUUGUUGAUAGCGAGGCAGUGCCUUCGCGAAGGUUGCGGAGUAGGAUUGAUUGGCAGUUUGAUGUUUUGAUGACCAUUGCUCCAAAUUUGUGCACUGAUGUGAAGGCGUCAAUCCUGACAUGUGCAAACGAGUACAUUGAGAAGUUGCUUAGACAAGUGCAGGAGCUGCAGUACGACCUUGUUUAUGAAUCUAGUUUUGAAAGUGAUUUUAGUUGCUGUGAAGAUGAUCAAAGCUCUUGUGAAUGCGACACGAGCCUACACUGCACUGAGGAGAGGGCAGUGGACUCUAAUGUUAGCUUAGAAUCGAUCUGUUUGAGCAAUUGCGACUGCUCGCAACCUACGGUGGAAGUUGUAAGAACUGAGCAAGGAUUGAAUAUUCACAUCGAGUGUGUGAAAAGACCUGGGCUGUUGGUGGACAUUAUGGAGUUGCUCGAGUCGAGUGGUCUGAACGUCGAACAAGCGAGCAUAAUUUGUCAAGAACACCUUAUUUUCGAUGGCCUUGGAUCAGAGGUUGAGGAUAAUGAUGCUGGAGUGUGCAGACAUGUGUCUUGUGUGAGUGCCGAGGAUGUUGGAGCUAGUUUGAGGUCUCUCAUUGUGGAUCAUAGACCAGCUUUUCUAACGCAGUAAGCAUGCAUCAGAUUUAAGGGUGCACUGAACACUCCAUCCAUAUCUUUUUGUGGUCAUCCUUUGAACUACAAGAUUAUAUCCCUGUCGAGUAGAAUGACCAUGAUGCACUUUUGAAUUCAAAACAUGCAGAGAUAUUUGCCUAUAGGAGCUUCCAAAUCCAUGCAGGUAGUUCUUGAUGACUGACUGUCGCACGAGAGUGGGUGGAUUCUGUUUUUAAGACAAGAUAUUCUCCUUUUAUUUGGGUUUCUCUCUAGAACGAUGGGAGUAUGUUUCACAGUAGAUGAUUCAACAUAUGCGGCUGGCUGUGCACUGAUAAAGCAGGCUUUUCUCUCUUAAUCAAUCUGUGGCAUUUCAACUCUUCAAAGAUUGCAUGUCUAGAGAUGGGUUUAAACUAUCUGAUUCUUAAACAUAUUUACGCGUAUCUUCUUUGUAAGAUUACAAUCUGCAAUAAAUGCACCCCACUUAUGUACUGCA